ACGACUGUUCUGAGUAGCAGUAUAAACAACUCAACGAGGAUGAAGGGUUUGACUCAUCAUUCAUCUGUUGACUACCUUUUGAGAGCAUUAUCAUUCACUGGGGACCAGCUGCUCCGGUGACAAUCACCGAUAAAUUUACAACAAACCAACAUCCCCGCGACCUUACAGCCUCAUCUUCCAUCAUCUUCUUCGCCCGCUUUUUUACCCUCCAUCAUGUCUAAAAGGCCUCGCUCGGAAGCGAGCGAAGGCUCCAGUCGGGGCUCGCUCAAUAUCGAUGAAGCUUUUCAACGUAAGAAGCAAAAGACAAGCGCAACAAUCGUGUCGGAUGAGCAAAAUAAAAUGGAUGACUGGUACUACUCUUCCAACCUGUCAAGGGCUCAACGGUACGGCAAGAAUAUCGUGAAGUACAAGGGGGAGACAGAUGAGGGCUUCGCAAAGAGGCAAGAGGAUGAAAUAGCGAAAUGGCGGAAGAGGAGAGAACUGGACACAAGAGAAAAUUUCAACACCUGUGGAAGGUGGCAAUAUGACGAUGAUACGCUCGAGAAACGCUGGAUCAAGCGACAAAACUCUGAUCUCGUCAAUCGGACGGGGCACUUAACCCUUCAGGACGAACCAGUUGGGGGCAUAUUCCCUGCCCAUGAGGGCGACAAGGAAUUUUCAAAGAUCUAUCGCGAGUUUUGGAUCGGUGACAACAAACAGCGCUUCCUUGAGACAAUCUACGACAAAUACAAGGACGAGGAUGGAAACAUACCUGAAAAGAAGCUUUGGGAGAUCUUCCGUUGCCUAGUCUCAGAGCUUGUACCCAAAAAACAGGCUUGGGAGGGUAUUCCAGAUUAUAUCGUUGCCAAUCCUCAUACGAUCUGGCACGUGGGUAAAUGCAUGUUUUAUAUCCUUACCAACGGCCGCUUCUGGGAUGAGGAUUCCAACACACUCAAUCCACUAGACGACGGCAAGAAGUUUGGCGAAUUCAAGGUCAAGGUGCUUCAAAAGAAGUAUAGCAGAAACCUGAUAAAAUAUAUCGUUGGCUGUCUAUCAGCGGCGGACGAAGCUCGAUUUGUACAGCGAACGCUUUUAGAUCACUUCGAGACAGUCUUAUCAGUUUACGACGGCACAUAUGUGUCGGAAGCUGAGGAUGAUACGGCUGAUAUGCCAUACGAGCCAAGGAGCAAGAAUCCAUUGAUUCCUGACGGCUUGACUAAUGCUGAGGGCGGAGUCUACGAGAAACUUAUCAGAAUCGUCGCCAAACGACAAAAAGCAGGUCGCAGAGGCCACAAAACACCCCAUAUUAUCACUAUUACGGAUCUAGCAAAAGACUACGAUGAUCUAACGGCUAUGCUUUGCUUGAAAGAGCUUAAUCGUCUUGGUGUUGUCACACUGGCGGGCUUCGUCGCAAACCUUAUGCCAGCAGAUAGGCGCGCACUCUUUGGUCGAGGCGCUCUCGAUUCUCUAGGUCUCCCAAAAGUCCCAAUGGGUGUAGGUACUAAAGGAUCUCAAAAACCGCACGAAGUUUUAGACUACGAAUUCGCCGGCAUCAAUGAUUUCAUGCCACCCGAUGAGCGGCUAAACGAACUUCCAGAUGGACAAGAUCUCCUCAAGACUGUCUUUGAGAAAGCAAUUAAGGAAAAUCGCAAAUUGACUUUCCUCGGCAUUUCCAGCUUAAUGGAUAUCGCCGAAUUCGCUAGUACGGAAGAGGGAGCAGAAUUGCUCAAGAAGGGCCUUUCAAAUGUGGUUCUACAAGGAGGCUAUCGCAUGGUAGACGACAAAUUGAUCGCAGACCCCGAAGCUGCGAACAACGGCUUCGACAUCGACGGCGCCCAAAUCUUCCACACAUUCAUGCAAGAGAACAAGAUUCCCUCUGCAGUGUGGACCAAAGUCGCGACCUUCGCAACAGCCAUCCCCACAACGGUCUUCGAGUUCAUGGAAGACACACAACACCCUCUCGGCCCCUACCUCCGCAAAGUACAAAUCGGCCAAGACUCAAGCUUCUACCUAAAAGCCUGCUCCGACAAGCCCUUCGCGCCACACAUGACGCAGCCCUGGUACCUCAAGAACCGCUCCGCUUGGCUCUCCUCUGGCCACGAGCCCGACGAGCCGUACCCGACCGUCGAAGAGCUCGUCCCGUUCUUCAUCAACAUUAUAGCUUACGACGCGCUUGGAGUAGAAUACUCCCUGCCUGGCAUUAUUAGCCUCCUAUGCCUUCCAACGCCCCAGUAGCUUUCUUAAGGAUAUAAAGUGUAAAGGGGAACAAAGAGGGUAGUUGCACAAUAAAGUAAUGAUAAGGAGGCGAUGAGUGGUAAAUUCUGGAUUAGAAGGGAGGGCAGAAAGCCUACUGACUCUUUCAUGAAUUUUCACUCGUCACUACUGAUUUGAACCAUGGGUCGUGGAGACGUGUAUAUCUUUCUAGCACCUUAAAAAUUUAGCUAGUGAGAAACAUCUGGCAG